AUGUAUUCCCUCCACUCGGUACAGGCUUUGCAAUCAACGCGGCUGGUCACGCAAUUGACUCGCACGCAAGUUCGACACUUCCACCCGACAAGACCAGCGUCAUUCUCUAUGAUCAAUCUCGUCUUGGACGGCUCUACUGCAUUCAUUCAUGGCGUUCACACUGUUUCCUGUCUGCCAUGGGUUGCCUCAAUCCCUCUGACGGCCGUACUUGUUCGAACAUUUAUCGGAUUCCCCCUCCAGAUAUACACUCGAUACCAGGCGCAACAAGAGAAAAGAUUGCAGCCACUCUUAUCUGCUUGGGCAUUAAGAUAUCAACAGAAACAUAGCAUGGCAGCUGACUCCCGGCUUUCCAAAAGGCAAGCUAUGAUGGAUCUACAAAAGCGAACCAGUGAGCUCCACAAGCGCUGGGGUAUCUCCCGCAUAUAUCGCCCUAUGAUGUUCCUACAGCUGCCUGUUUUCAUUGCACUCAUGGAAAGUCUGCGUGGUAUGAGCGGUAACAACAAUGGUAUUAUUGCCUGGUUGCUAUCGCUUGUUGAGCCAUCACAAGAUCCCGCGUCUCCUACCCAAUCUCUGCAUUUAACCGUCGAGCCCACAUUUGCAAAUGAGGGCGCCCUGUGGUUCCCAGAUUUGUUGGCUGGUGAUACGACAGGUGUUCUGCCAGUCCUUCUGACUGCAUCAAUCUUGGGAAAUGUAAUGACUGGUUGGAAGACUAAGCCUUUGUCAGAACUCUCGGAGCUUCCAAAGCCUCAAAUGUUUAGGGAGGUCACUUUCCGCGGCUUGCGGCUGCUUAUUCAAGUCUUAGCAUGCCAGGUUGGCGUGGCAAGCUAUGUCUCUCAGAUGCCAACCGCGCUAUUGCUCUAUUGGAUCACUAGUACCAAUGUUGCCACGCUGCAGACUUGGAUCCUGGAGAAAAAGGUGUUCAAGCCGCCAGUGACUGGGUCUCAUAAGACGCGGUUCGUCGGUUUCGAAAAGCCGGGUGAUUCGGAUCCCUUCCAACUGAAAAAUUUACGCUGA